AUUUUUUUUUCUUGAGCAGUCAGUAAUAAACAAAAGUUAAACAUGCCAGAAAAUUUAAAUAACAAAUUGUUUUAUAACACUGUUUUAUGCCAGACAUUUUCACCGUCUGGAAAACACUUGGUAGCUGGAAAUAUUUAUGGCGAUAUAUCAGUAUUUGAUUUAUCAAAAUCAUUGAGUCCAGUAAGCGACGAAAAUGACUUACCAGGACCUUCAUAUAAAUUCACGGCGUAUCCAGGUCAACAUGUCCAAGCGAUGCUGAGUACUGAUGAUUUUUUGGUGACCGGAACAGCUGGAGAAAUUUCUGGCUGGGACUGGAAUGUUGUUACUUCCAGUAAAGCUUCUAAGAUAAAAGUAUCUUGGACUGUGCAGAUUCCUGCUGACAAAGACAGCUCAGAAAAGUCAGAUGUUAAUUACAUUGUUUAUUCAAAUGAUAAACACUACUUGUACGCUGGCUGCGGUGACAAGAAAAUUUAUGUUAUUAAUUUGGACAAUGGAAAGAUUGUUAAGACUUUAGAAGGUCAUGAGAACUUUAUUCAUUGUCUUGCACUCAUGAACAACCAAUUGGCGAGUGGAAGUGAAGAUGGAUCAGUACGUCUCUGGGAUUUACGAACAUACGAGAAUACGAGUAUAUUGAAGCCGCAUUUAGUCGACAAGGUCGCGAGACCCAAGCUCGGAAAGUGGAUUGGCGCCGUAGACUUCACCGAAGACUGGCUGCUCUGCGGAGGCGGCCCGAACCUUUCACUCUGGCACCUUCGCACCAUGGAGCCAGCGACUGUUUUCGACCUGCCAGAUCAGGGAAUUCAUGAGGCUAAAAUUUUCGAGGAACGAGUCAUUGCAGGCGGUACGAUGCCCCACGUCUACCAUCUGAAUUACCAGGGAGAGAUUUUUGCAGAAGUUCCCACUUCUAGCCACACUGUUUACAGUAUUGUUUAUCAGGAAAAACCUCACAAGGUACUUAGUAUUGCGGGGUCUAGCAACAAAGUUGAUAUUUGUACUAACUUUAAUUAUCGGGAAUUAGUAUUUAAGUUCGCUUGA